CGAGCCCAGCGAAGUCCUCAGCCCGCCCCACUUGCCCACUCCCCACUUCCCGAGCCGGCUCCGUGUUUAGGGAGGGCAGUGAUCACGCAAGCCGGAGCGGCGGGCUGACGUUGGACGAGCUGCCAGGUAGCUGGAAGCAGGCAGCCAGGCAGCCGAGACACUUCGCAGCGAUUCCAGCCUGGGCUCCGCUGGAAGCCUCGCUGAAUCCCAGCCAGCUGGUUCUAACCUUCCAGAAUCGCAGUCCCUUCUCCCCACAGCCAGCCCUCGCCGAGCAAGCAGCAGGAUGUUUGCAGUGUCGCGCCCAGGGCUCUGAGACAGAGCCUGCCAUCCACUCGCACGCCUUUCUUUCAGGGCUUUUCGGCUGUUGGCUACACUGAUGUGACCCCCCCUCCCUUUUUGGAAUGAUGGGGAUCUUUUUGGCGUAUGUUGGAUUUGUUUUCUUUUCCGUUUUAUAUGUACAACAAGGGCUUUCUUCUCAAGCAAAAUUUACCGAGUUUCCGCGGAACGUGACGGCGACCGAGGGGCAGAAUGUGGAGAUGUCCUGCGCCUUCCAGAGCGGCUCCGCCUCGGUAUAUCUGGAGAUCCAGUGGUGGUUCCUGCGGGGGCCGGAGGAAAUGGAACCCGGGGCCGAGGGGGCCGGCGCGCAGGUGGAGCUCUUGCCAGACAGAGACCCGGACAGCGACGGGACCAAGAUCAGCACAGUGAAAGUCCAAGGCAAUGACAUCUCCCACAAGCUUCAGAUUUCCAAAGUGAGGAAAAAGGAUGAAGGCUUAUACGAGUGCAGGGUGACUGAUGCCAACUACGGGGAGCUUCAGGAACACAAGGCCCAGGCCUAUCUGAAAGUCAAUGCCAACAGCCAUGCCCGCAGAAUGCAGGCCUUCGAAGCCUCUCCCAUGUGGCUGCAGGAUAUGAAGCCCCGCAAGAACAUCUCUGCAGCCGUCCCCAGCAGCAUCCAUGGCUCUGCCAACCAACGAACGCACUCCACCUCCAGCCCUCAAGCGGUAGCCAAAAUGCCCAAACAAAGUCCACAAUCAGAUACCCAAACAAGAAGAGAAAGAAGAGAAAAGCCAAUCAGGAAUCACGCCUAACUCUGCAGAACGAUGCCCCGAAAAUACUGAUGGUACCCCAUAUCUAAGCCAACUAAACUUGUGUUUACAUAGGAAAUUAAUCCAUCAGAAAAUAUUCAAAGCCAAGAGAAAGUGGAUAUUUGGAGAAUUGGUCAAAUGUACAUGGAAUAAGUGGUUUAUUUAGUUUUCUUCACUCAGCACUUUGAAUUAAAUACCCACAUCCCCUUCUGGGAUCUUUCCUAGAGCCCAAAAGUCUGGUUCUCAUCCCCCACCUGCCACUAACUAAUGAUGGUACUUUGAUCCAUCAAUGUAACCUUUCCUGGGCCCAGACUACCAAAUUUGAAUAAAAAACUUGGAAAAGAGAUUUUUGAAAAGAAGAAGGAAUGCUAGAAUAAUAGUGGAGCCAGGUAUUAAAUGAAUAUUUAAAGGAAUUCAGAGGAACCUUUGUAAGCUGUAAAAGUCUAUGCUAUGAAAAGUUUAAAAUAUUGUUAUAUCAUAAGAAACUUGGUACAUUACGAAGAACAAACAGGCUUUACAUUUUAUUAAUGCAUAGAAAAACCAAGAGGCUGGUAAUGUUUUCAUAUUCAAUAUUUAUCAGUUCAGAGUUGGGGAAAAGUUAAGUUUCAUAUCAAGUAUGAAGUAUGUUAUAUGCGAACUAUGUUACACGUGGUGCAUUUCCUCUGAAAAGAUGAGUAUACAUUCAAAUGAUAGCUGCGCAUCUCAAUUUAAAAAAUGUGGGGUAUUGGAGCAAGGUCGCUUGUCUCAAGGGGUUUCAGAAAGCAGCAGAUUUCUGCUCUGUGCUGAUGGACCACACUGCUGUUUCUUCAUUUCUGUGUCUUUGCAUCACUCCCUGCUAGGAUGAGUUAUUUCACAUUUUUGGGUUACAUAUUCCUGAUCUGCAUAUUUGCCACACAGGGUUGUUGUGAGGAUUAACCAGUAUGAUGGAGACACAGUGCCUACUGCAUGUUGCCUGGCACCUAGCAGGUCCCCUGUAGUUUCAGCCGUUUUGGAGGGUAAGGUGUGGGCACGCGGAAAGAUGCAGCACUGUUCAUCCUGCCCACUGUCUCCCAGCCUGGUGACUGCAGACGCAGGGAAAAAAUGGUAGCACAGAUGGAGGUCUAAACUGAAAAGGAAGGUGCCGAAAGGCAGUCAAGCACUUCUACCUGGCGGACAUAUGAGGGGGGCAUGGAAGGGCAAGAGGCAUGAGAACAGGAGCUGGUGGCACUUAGGCAGUGACGCAGAAGCAGACCCUGACCUCUCCAGGCAGUGGCCCUCUCUGGCUGGCAACAGGCAGUCCACUUGAGGCGGACAGCCCCACACCGUUUCCGCCGGACUGCUGAGGCUACCAAGGUCUCAACUACUAUGCUUUGCUUGUUUUUAAUUUUCCUUUCUUUUUGUAAUGAAAUAUAUGGAAUUUCUGUUAUUCUCUGAAAUCAUAAUCAUAGUGAAGUUAAUAUCUGGAAGGUUUUUUCUAUGUUUCUCCUCGGCCGGGCUUUCAUUUGUCACACUCUCUUGAGAAAUGCUUGCCUGCUGUAUCUCAGGAGAGGCAAGGCCCACACCACUCUUGCAUGAGGAAGAGAAAAGGAUGAGGAAUGGAAGCGAAGUUUCUGCCCUGCUGAGACUUCUAAGACUUCUCAGACUCUUCCAUUUACAAAAUGAAGGAAACACCUCCUCCGCCUUACAAAGGCGGGGGAUUACACUUGCGAGAGCACUAUGAAAAUCUGUAAGCAUAGAAACAAAGCAAAUGAAAGGCGUCAUGAUUAAACAGAUGUCGAAGGACAUUAUGAAACGGCAGUCUGUGUCCAAGAGAAACCUCUAGGUCCUAUUAGGCCUAUCUUCAUCUAAGCCUACUGCCUGUAAAUUUUCUUCACAUAAUUUAGAUAAUAGCAUCUUCCUUUCUUCUUCGCAGAGCAUUUUAUGUUGGGGGUAAAGUUUGAAAACUCUCGAGGCCUUGCUUUACACAUUGAAAGUAAUUUUUAAAAUUGCAAAAAAUUUUACUCCUUGCUUUUAAUGAGCUAAUAGCAUAAUCAGUGAGGUAAGACAAAUAUGAUUAAUUACACACAAUGUAGGCCUGGUAAAGAACCUAGCAAAAGAAAAUACUGCUGAAGUUCAGAGGAGGGAGAGAUUACAACUAGCUACUAGGAACAGAUAAAUGGACAGGCAAUUAUCUGAGGGCAAUAGUUGCUUAAACGUGUGACUGUAUUAAGGGGAUGACAGAUUAUCCUGCUUGGCCUCAGCAGAGAACAAAAGAAAUCAAAUAAAACAAAACAGGCAAUCCUAUCACAACACAAUACCUGGCAUACUAAUAUGAUGAGAAUAAGACAAUUCUACACAGUUAUUAUGCUCACUUUAGGAAACAUGGGGAAAUAGUAUCUCAUUUAAGAUCUCAAAAGUGAGUGGCAGCAGAGGAAAUCAGAACUCAGGGGUCCUGACGGCAACCCUGGCUCUGAGUAUUUCACAAAAGUAAAGCAUUUCUAUCUGUAAAAUGAGCACAGAGUGGCCGAAGUUUACUUGUUACAUAAAAGUUAAUAUUUCCAUACAAUAAACCAUAACAUGUUUGAUAAGAAGCAAUGGCAUUAUGUAAUUAGUAUAAAUCUGAAUGAAAAUGACUAUGAUGAUUAUUUGUUAAAAUUACACAGGACAAAUUGUAGCAUUUUAGAUUCUCAGAUGUCACUUCUAAAAGUCUUUGGGCCUACAAAGAUAAAGAAGUACAUAUCUUUUCAUUCAAGACAUAAAAAACAGAAAGGAGAGAAACACAGUCAGUAAUUUGAUGACAAUACACAUUUGCUUUAGAAUUCACUAUAUAGGAAAAAAUCUUUGUAAUUUUCCUGGUGAAAAUGAAUUGUAUUUAAUUAAAAAUAUGCUAGUAAAUGCAUGCACCUAGGGUGGUUGAAUGAUUACAAUCUGAAAACAAAAGUACCAUGCUUCAAUAGUUUAUUACAUAUCUGAUGGAAGUUCAAAAUUUUAGUAGGCUCAAAAUAUUCUUUACACUGCAUCAUUGGGUUUCCUUUUAGUUAUAAUACUCAUGUAAAUUAUGCUUUAACUUGCACAUGCUGGAUAUAGUAUGAUAGGAAAUGGUGGGUCAAAAUGAAGCAGCUGUUUCCAUAAUAUCUCACUGGGCUAAUGGGAUCAGGCAUGUCCUAUGAAGGGUUGAUUAAUUAAGAAAAGGGACGACAUAAGUUAUGGUGCAGUUUCAACAAAUUCUAGCCAAUCUGCAAUGCCCAUGUUGAAAAGAAAACCAUUGUUUCACAAAAUACAUUUUAAAUAGUGAAUUAUUUUACCAAGUUGUAUUUGCUUUCAGCAUUUUAAAACUUGUAUUCAAUACCAGACAUACUUUGUGUGAAAUCAAGGACCAUUGCCUAUUUGGGGAAGCAUUUAAUAAUUUAUUUUUCUUUCUUUUUUUUCAUUAAAUGAAUCCCUGUCAAAGAGUUUCUCUUCAAAAGAUAAUGAGAAUACGUGUUUAAUUUUGGAAAGCUCUGAUGUUAUUGGUUCUACAUAGAUUGUGUACAUUUUCCUGGCAAAAUCUCUGUACUUAGAACUGCAUGUGAACUGAGCUAUCACUGUUGCAUUUUUUGAAAUUUGUCACCCAACUUGAAUAGAGGACCAUUCUGCAGAGCCCCACUACUAACCUCUGGGUCUUCCUCCAGUCACUGGGUUUCUGUGAGGAGAUACUGUAUACUGGUAAAUAUAUAACCCUCCUACCAGUAAGGCAACUCAAUGACAACACUAAAGUAACCUAGCAGAAAUACAGUAAUGUGAGUUUACUAAAUGGCUACUUUGGAAGCCCCAAAUAUUUAUUCUACAUACAGUGACUUUUAGAGAAAAAGGGGUUCUGCCACAAUUUUUAUCAUUGUCAAUGUGGACCCAAAUAUGAUUUAGAUGAAGUAUUCAAAAGAUUGCAUUUCCCCAUGCUUACCCCCUUCAAACACAUUUAAUCUUUGUCCAGUUAAAGAUGAAAGAAGGUAAUGCUUUGAUCCUCAUCACAUUUUUGUUCUUUACUAAUAAAGGCAUUCAAUAUGUCAUUUGUAGCUAGAAACUUAUUGAAUAAAAUAUAUGACAAAAAAAUGCAAAACUACAAUUUCUUCCCUGAGAUAGUCUUGGAGCUCUUUCAGGAGUUUCCAAUUCUUGAUAGCACUAACUUUCUCCAAGAUUUUGAAGAUUUAAAAAAAAAAAAAAAUCUCACUCUAAAAGUAAAUGCCCAAAUGCACCCACCCUAGAACAAGUUCCCCCCUCGUUGAGGAACCUGCUGUUCUCAGGUUGUGUCAUAUGCCCUGUGGAUUUAUGCUCAUGCAGUAGGAAAAAAAAGGGAUGUGUUUUUAGGUACCAGUAUAGGAAGAACCAGAUGACUUUAGGGAAUGAUCCUCAAGGAAUUACUUGAGGGAAAAGUAUCUGGAUUUGCCCCUCUCAGUGUUCCCAGCCAUGGGAUGGCAUUGUUUGAAAACAGACAAAACAAACAACACCAACUUCCUGGGACUGAAAUCCUUUGUAUGUGUUGUUGU